AUGGCUCAGGACCCCGAUUGCAUCAAGACUUACCACCCGUUUGACCUCAUUACCGUCAUCCAAGACGGUGACCUUCAGUUGUUCGAAUCUCGGGCUAUUUUUCGCUACAUCAUUGCUAAGUUUGGUGCCUCUAGUUCGCUGGGUGUCAUCACUAGCGGCGACCCGAUCAUGAUUGCGAAGUUUGAGAAAGCACUCAGCAUCGGCUACUCCUACGUUGACCCCUCUGUGAGAACCUUGUGCAAUGAGAAUUCGUGGAACAGUCCUGCUGAGGCCGCCAAUUCCCUCGAGCUUGAGAAGGCACCCGCGAUGUUCAAGACUGCACUGGACUAUUACGAGGACUUGCUUGGCUUCAAUUCUCUUGCCGACAUCUACGUCUUCACUUGGAUGCCCUACAUCAAGUUCCUCGGUUUGUACGACGAAGUUGCCGCUGGGCCUAAUUUUGAAGGCUUGUGGAAGCGGGUGUCGACCCGACCGCCCUGGCAGAAGGUCUUGAGGGACAUGCCGCAGUAA